GGCGGCCCUGCCCAAGCUCCCUCCCGCCUCCCGGCAGCUGGCCCGCGGGGCCCUGGCCUUCAGGUUUCCCCUGGGAUCCCGGGACGGGCAGGCGGGGGAUCUGUGCGGCCGCGGCAAGGUGAUUUGGCACAAAAGUAUUCUUUCAAGGAUGGCAGAAGCAGUUUUGAUUGAUCUUUUCGAUUUGAAAUUGAACUCUCAAAAAAACUGCCAUCAGACAUUACUGAAGACUUUGAAUGCUGUCCAGUACCACCACGCCACCAAGGCCAAGUUUCUUUGUAUAAUGUGUUGCAGUAACAUCAGCUAUGAAAGGGAUGGAGAACAAGAUAAUUGUGAAUUAGAAACAGGCAAUGGAUUAUCAGCUCUCUUGAAAGAAUUUGAGAUUGUUAGCUGUCCCAGCAUGGCUGCCUGUUUGUAUACCAUUAAACAGAAAGUUGAUGAAAGAAAUCUGAGCAGCAUUAAGGUAAUUGUACCCAGGCACAGGAAGGCACUAAUGAAAGCUUUUAUUGAUCAACUCUUCACUGAUGUUUACAAUUUCGAAUUUGAAGAUUUGCAAGUGACUUUGAGGGGAGGCCUUUUUAAACAGUCCAUUGAAAUAAACAUAAUCACAGCUCAAGAACUAAGAGAAAUUCAGAAUGAAAUAGAAACAUUUUUGAGAAGUCUGCCAGCACUGAGAGGAGAAUUAACUAUUAUCACUUCUCCUUUGAUCCCAGAUAUUUUCGUACAUGGAUUUACUACAAGAACAGGUGGGAUAUCUUAUAUCCCAACUCUUAGCUCAUUCAAUCUCUUCAGUAGUUCCAAACGGAGAGAUCCCAAGGCAGUGGUUCAAGAAAAUCUGCGUAGGUUGGCGAAUGCUGCAGGAUUUAAUGUGGAGAAAUUUUACCGAAUAAAGACUCAUCAUUCCAAUGACAUCUGGAUUAUGGGAAGAAAGGAGCCUGAUUCUUAUGAUGGAAUAACCACAAAUCAGAGAGGAGUCACAAUAGCAGCUCUUGGUGCUGACUGUAUACCAAUAGUUUUUGCAGAUCCAGUCAAAAAAGCAUGUGGGGUUGCUCAUGCUGGUUGGAAAGGUACUUUGUUGGGUGUUGCUAUGGCUACAGUGAAUGCUAUGAUAGCAGAAUAUGGCUGCAGUUUGGAAGACAUUGUUGUUGUACUUGGACCUUCAGUAGGACCUUGCUGUUUUACUCUUCCAAGAGAAUCAGCAGAGGCAUUUCAUAAUCUUCAUCCUGCAUGUGUACAACUAUUUGAUUCACCAAAUCCCUAUAUUGACAUCCGUAAAGCCACAAGGAUUCUUCUAGAACGGGGAGGAAUUCUUCCACGGAAUAUUCAGGACCAGAACCAAGAUCUCAACCUCUGUACAUCUUGCCAUCCUGACAAGUUUUUCUCCCAUGUCCGAGAUGGCCUUAAUUUUGGUACACAAAUUGGCUUCAUAUCAAUUAGAGAAUAAGAUACUUGACUGGAUUUUUGUAUAACUGUUUCCUGCCUCCUUCCAAACUGACUGCAAGAGAGAAAUUUAGCUGUUUGAUCUACUUAAAACCAAAUGGAUUACAAUGGAUAAUUCAUCUUUAGGGUAUAUUUUUACUAUUAUUCAAAGUCAAAUGAUUUUCAUUUAAUUAUAAUAAUAACUGACAAAAAUCAGUAUGUUGUAGCUAAUAUGUUUUAUGCAUGAGAAUUAUUCUUAAAGUUUGUUCUUCCUGUUUAUUACACAAAUCAGGAAUAGAUUUGUUCAGUUCAGUAUUUAUUGAAUACCCUCUAUUGGUCAGGCAUUGUGUUAAGCAUAGGUGAACAGAAAUGAACACGACUUUUUUCCUUUGAGUGUAAUACAAUGAAGGAGAUAAACACUUCUGCCACUUAAUUUUAAUAGAGUAGAAGAGAACAUAAGGAAUAGAGGUUAAUUUUACCCAGAAGGCAGAGUAGAGAAAAUAUUUCAAGAGAAAAUCACAUAUCACAUGGGCUCAAAAGAUGUAGAGGUUUUUGACAAAUGAAGAACAGCCAUAACAGGUAGAGGGAACACCAUGAACCAGGGCAUGAAACUGAAAGUGCAUAACAUAUUCUAGAGAGAAAAGGGUGUGGGCAGCAGUUAGGGCUGGAAAAACAGGUUGGAAACAGAUAAGUAAGGGUCUCAACUGCAGUGUCAAAGAGCUUGCAGUUUAUUUUCCAGGCAAUGAGUAGGCAGCCAAAAAAAAAAAAAGUAAGGAUUUUUUUUCUCCCUCCCCCAUGGCAUCAUAUUUAAGAGGACGAAUUUAAAUUGUGUGAGACCAAAGCAUAGAGACUAGAUAAGGGGUGGUCAAAAUAUUUCAAAAAGAAAUAAUGAAGAUCCAAUGAAGGAAGUGGAAAUUAAAAUAGAGAAGAGAGUAGAUGGAUUAGAGAGACAUUUAAGAGAUGGAAUCAAUAGAUCCUGUUACUAGAUAAUGGAAGUAAGAGGUGAGGAAGAGUGGAAAAGUCAUUAAUGACUCUUAAGAUUUCUGCUUGGCUGUUUACCAAGAUUGGCAGCAAAGAGAGGGAGAAGGUUUGGGAAAAGAGAGGAGGAUAAUGAGUUUGACUUUACAUAGAAUGAAGGACAUCCAGAUAGAAAUCUUUGGUUAAUAAUUAGAAAUAUAGACCUAGAAAUUAGGAGGAAACCUGAGACAGAGACAGAGAUUUCAAGGUUUACAGUACAGAGAUGAUGCUUGAUUCUGUUGGAGCAAGUUGGAUCAUCUAGGCAGAAAUUAGGAUGAGAAAAAGGAAGUCCAAGAAUAUAACCUUACAAAACACCUGCAUUUCAAGAAUAAGAAGCUGAAGGAGUAAAAAAAAUUAGUCACAGAAGUAAGAAAAAAUAGAGUAGUUGUUUUGAAGAAGCCAGGAUAGGUGUGGAAAGUACUCAAAAAGAAAUCUUCAGGGAUAAAAUAAAGAGAUAAUUAAAAAGAAAUCAGUGGAUUAAGCACAUUGAAACUGUUCUAUAGGCAGUGGUCAUCGAGUCAGCUUUCAGUGCAUUAGGAAGAAGAUGCAUAGGUGUCAACUCUUCUUUGACAGCAUUUACUAGAGAAGAGAAAAAGCUGGGGAACUACAUCUUGAGGGAAAGGACUUUUUUUGGAUGAGUGGUUUUGAGUAUGUUUGUCAGUUAAAGAGAGAACUUAAGUUAGUUUUCAUUUGGGAGAAAUUGUAUAUAUAUUUAAUGUAAGUUAUCACAUUGCAUCUUAAAAAUUUUCUUAUUUAAUACAUGUAUUUCCUACAUGUAUGUGUGGUGGCAUGACAGCAAAUAACAUUUGUUUGGUAUUUCCAAAGGACUUUCAUGUACAUUACCUCAUUUUACCUUUACAGCUACUCUGAAAUACACAGGCAUUAUCCCUUUUAUUCAGCUGAGAAAACUGUGCUUCACUGAGGUGAAAGUCAAAAAUCACAUAAUUUGUGAUGAAGUCAGAUUUGAGCAUACGUUUUGUGACUCCAAUUUUCCUCUCAGAUUUUAAAAUUAAUUAAAGGGAUCUCAAUUAUAUUUUUAUUUUUAACUUUUUGUUAACAUAAUUUAUUCAGUGAAAAUUUUGUUGAGGUACUGGGACAGGUUAAAAAACUACAGUUGUAACCCUCAGGAUAUUUAAUAUCCAGUGAAAAGUGACAAUCAGUAAACCAGCAAUUUCAAUACUUUGAUAUAUGUUGUGAGGUUGUGACAACUGAUUCUUGUUUAGUUUAAUUCUGUAUCUCCCUUAGCCCAGUGUUAAAUUUAAAUAAAAUACCUCAUUUUUUCCAAUUCAGGGAAGGCACUAAACAUAAAGCAUAGGAUAAAAAUGUUGAACUCAUCCAAAAUAUUAUUUUGUUUAAUGAAAAUGAUAAAGAUUAAGGAAUACUUACAUGUAUUGAGAAAGGUUAAUAAUUUUCUAGUUCUUCACUGUGCAUUAUUUUGUUUGAGGUUGGUAAAUUUGGAGUAUCCUGCAGACACAUACUGCUUUAUGUACUACAACAUUCUACAACCAAAUGAAAAUUAUUUUGAUUAUCUGA